AAAGAUUUCUUUUGUUUUCAAAAAAACCAACCAAGUGUAUAUAAAAAAUAAAAAUAAAAACUAUGCUUGCAAAGCAUGCACUUAUCGGUGGUGGAACUGGCUUCAUUGGCAAUUACUUGAACAAACAUCUCAUCUCGAAUGGCUACAAAGUCACUGUGGUCUCUCGAAUGCCGGGUUUGAAACGUAUCACUUGGCAUGAACUCGAAAAGAAUGGUGUUCCAAAAGAUAUUACAGCCGUUGUAAAUUUGUCGGGACAAAAUGUCUUGGAUCCAACUCGUCGAUGGACUCCGGGUUUCAAGCAAAAUGUUUGGAACUCGAGGAUAAAUACAAGUGCAGCUUUGGUCAAGGCUAUACAAAGCUCUCCGGAUGUUAAAUCCUUCGUCAAUAUUUCCGGGGUGAGUCAUUAUAAGACUGAUGGGCGAGUAUACUCGGAAAAUGAUCCAGUCGAGGCGUUUGAUUUUAUGUCUCGCCUCUGCUUGGAAUGGGAAAAAGCUGCAACUAUUCCUGAGGGUGUAAACUGUCGAUCUGUUAAAAUUCGAACUGGAGUCGUGAUAGGCCGUGGAGGCGGGAUGAUUCAAUCUUUAAUGCUUCCAUUUCAACUUGGUUUGGGUGGACCCUUGGGUAGUGGAAAGCAACCUCUUCCUUGGAUUCAUAUUGAUGAUCUCUGUCGUCUGAUACAAUACUCAAUAGAAAAUGAAAAAGUUACUGGGGUUGUGAAUGGAGUUGCACCUGAAUUGUGCACCAACGGGGAAUUCAGUAAGACCUUCGCAAGCGCACUUUAUAGACCAGCAUUCUUUCCAGUUCCUGAAUUUGUAGUCAAUAUGAUAUUUGGUAAAGAUAGGUGCGCCUUAUUGUUGAGUGGAGCAAAAGUUGAACCCAAGAGAACAUUGGAAUUGGGUUUUGAGUAUAAAUAUCCAACAACAAAACUAGCCUGCCAAGAGGUUGUUGAGAAAAAGUGAAUAACCAAAACAAUUGUUAAGAAGAAUAUGUUUAUAAUUUUAUUUAUGUAUUGCUAAAUUUUAAAAUUAUUAAAAGCUUAUUAAAAUAUGUA